UCUACUUUACUACCUUUCCUUUUGUUUCCAAUUGAUCUCUCACAGCCAAACACACUCCCCUCACAAUCUCUCUACGAAUUACAUCAUCAUGGCCAUGGCAACCCAAGCCUCCCUCUUCACCCCACCUCUCUCUGGUCCCAAACCAAGUGACCGUGUCUCUGUGGCAUGGAAGCAAACAUCGAGCCUGUCAUUCACCGGCCCCAAACCCCUCCUCAAGUUCACAAGAACAAUCAAAGCAGCUGCAGAUGAGACAACAGAGGCACCACCAGCAAAGGAAGAGGCACCAGUGGGCUUCACCCCACCUCAAUUGGACCCAAACACUCCCUCCCCAAUCUUUGCUGGCAGCACUGGAGGGCUUUUGCGGAAGGCCCAAGUGGAGGAGUUUUAUGUUAUCACCUGGGACUCUCCUAAAGAACAAAUCUUUGAAAUGCCCACUGGUGGUGCAGCCAUCAUGAGAGAGGGUCCCAACCUCCUCAAGUUGGCUAGGAAGGAACAGUGCUUGGCUCUUGGGACUAGGCUUAGGUCUAAGUACAAGAUCAAGUACCAGUUCUACAGGGUCUUCCCCAGUGGAGAGGUUCAAUAUUUGCACCCCAAGGAUGGUGUCUACCCAGAGAAAGUCAACCCGGGUCGCCAAGGUGUUGGCCAGAACUACAGGUCUAUUGGUAAGAAUGUGAAUCCAAUUGAGGUCAAGUUCACUGGCAAGCAACCCUACGAUUUGUAAGAUGCUCAAUUUCGUAUAUUCUGUUGUGAUGUACCUAUGAUUAAAUUUAUGUCACAAAUGUUAAACUCUGUACCUUUAUCUUUCCAGCUGUUUUCUUUUCCUAUUUUAUGAUUGUUCUGUCGACCGCAUGUUUUGGAAUGUUAAUUUGCUUCCGCUUCAUCAAACGUAUGCCUGAGUAGUGGAUACCAAAACCCAACGAGGAUAGGUUGCGCAAGAGUAAGGAUUUUAUGAUCAAUGAUUCUAUAUGAAUGAAUCCAAUAUUAAAUAACGAAUGGAAGGAGUACUCACAACAAAUUCCUAUUCUUUCCCUGGGCUUCUUGUAGAAUCAUCAUUCGAGUUACCAGCUGCAACUGAGAAGCCUAGUUAACCCUAUUCGCUUAAGUAAAAUCCUAGAAGACAGACAUUUAGUUUGAAUUUAUGCACAUUUUAUUCACAUAUUUUUUUACAUCUUAAAAUUUUGAUCUUUUUUCUCUUGGUACAGUGGGAGUAAUGAAGUUUGAUUUUCUUAAGGGAAAAAAAAGAGAGGGACUAUUCCGUAAUAGAAAAACUAGUUAAAAUAUCUUUCAUAAGGGCUUACGAAGAUAUUUUAAAAAUUAUAAAAGUUGAACCAAAUCUCAAA